AACAUCGGGUAUUAUUAAUGGAGUCUAUGUUUAAAUUUAAAUUGGUUAGCUAUGAUUUAAUGAGCGAAACUGCAUUUAAUUCAGAGUAUUUUCAUCUUUGACUUUCAUCAUAAAAUAAUCGGGUUGAAUGGUUCAUCAUGUAAUUAAAUCAACUCAUUGUGGUGAAAAAAGUCGGUUCCAUUGAUUGUUAAAAUCUAAUGAAUGAGAAAGAGCCUCAAGAUCAUGUUGAUAUUGAUUUUGUAUCAUUUUUAAUGAAUAACUAAAAAAACCAAAAAAUUUAAACCAGUUUGAGAUACUAAUCAGUUAAUAUGAGAAAGAAGAAUCAGUUUACGAAUCACAGAACUUUGAUUAGCCUAACAAAAGUUGACGAUUUAAUAUUUAAAUGUAAAACUAUAAAAAUUCAAGGUAGGAUAAAAGUUGAAUGAAUCAUUAUUUCAAUAAUUUGGUCUAAAUUAACCCAACCGAUUCAGUUUUCUGUAAAUUUUUCAUAUUUUACAUGACCUUUUUUUAUUUAUAAAUUGUUGCUGAGUUUGUGAUGGACAACUAACUGUACAUUGUUCAAUUGAACAUUCAAAUGAAAUAAAAUGUUUAUUAGCCAAUCCAAUAAAGUUGAAGUUUACCUUAAUGUUCAUGUUAACCUUUUAUUGUGAUUAAAUUAUGAUGAUACAGUUACUCGAUUUUUCAUUGAAACUCACUCAGGCCAAUCAAAAAUAAUGUAAAGACGAGGAGGAUGAGGAUGUCACCUUAUGAAUGGUUUGCCAUUGCAAGGGCUUCCCUCUCUUUAUGUAUCAUAGCACAUCAACUUCAGGUUCAUUAGAUCAUUUUGUGAUUUGAUUUAGUUGUAAUUAGAGUUGAUACCUUACUUUUUGAUACAUCUGGUCAAUCCUUUUUUACUAACUAAAGUUAUCAUAAAUUCAUUUUGAAAUGGACAAAUCAAUACUGGUUAAGGUUACGAAUUGUUUCACCCUUCAUUUAGUUGUUUGUUAUUUAUCUUCAGUAUAUGGUCAAUAUUAUGGUUAUCCUUAUCCAUCCACAUCAAUUAAUCGCUAUGGAUAUCGAUUUGGAAAUGCUCUCAAUUUUGGUUUAAAAUACAAUAAUCCUUACAAUGGACAAUAUUCUGAUCCAAACAGACAACCGAUGAAUCCACCUGUUCAAAUGACUGAUCACAAUAACUAUUGGAAAAUCAACCCACAAGGUUAUCCACCUUCGGCUUAUCCCUCACCUCAACCGUUUCCUUCAUCGUCAACAUCACCCUUUGGUCCAACACCAGGAUUACCUUCACUUUCACUAUCAAUGCCUCCCCAACCUCCUUCCCUUUCUUCCUCGCCUUCCUCGCCUUCUUCAGCUUCUUCUUCUUCUUCUUCUUCUUCUCCCACUUCUCCAUCUCCAUCUCCAUCUUCAUCCUCUUCUUCUUCUUCAUCUCCUCCUUCUCCCUCUCCUCCUUCGUCUUCGUCUUCGUCUUCAUUACCAUCUUCUUCUCUAUCAUCUUCUGGUGUCUCUCAAUAUUCACCAUUCAACUCUCAAUCACAAAAUCCGUCUCAAUCAUCAUUUUUAUCUGCGAGCCCUUUCUCGGCCCAGCCACCUCUAUCAGCUUUUGAAGCUAAAUAUGAUCUUCCAGGUCCAGCCAAUUUUGCUGAUAGUACGGCAACCUUUGAUAAUGGCAUAGGUUGGGUUCCAAGGUAUCCAAAUUUCGUCUUUCCUCCUUCUUAUUAUUUCCCAACAACAGGUCAUCCUUAUUCAUAUCACAGGAACAGGAUUGCUCGUGGUAUUGCCGAUAUUAGAGGAUCUGAAAAUAAAAUAACAGGAUCAAUCAGUUUUGAACAAGAAGACAAUAAUAAUGUAAUUAUUCGUGGAAAAAUUUUGGGCCUUCCUCCUGGUGCUCAUGGUAUGCAUAUUUUGGAGAAACCUCUGACUGGAAAUGAUUGUUCCUCUGCAGGUGAUCAUUAUAACCCACAGAAAACUGAACACGGAGGCAAACACGAUUGGGUUCGUCAUAUUGGUGAUUUGGGAAAUAUAUUUGCUGAUCGAGAUGGAGUCACUUAUUUUGAUCUUAAUGAUCAAAUAAUCAGCUUAAUUGGAGGCUACUCUAUUCUAAACCGAACCAUUGUGAUUACUGAAAAACCAGAUGACUUGGGACGAAGUGGCGACCCGGAAAGCAAAAGAACUGGUAACUCGGGUCCUGCGAUUGCUUGUGGACUAAUCCAGCUGGCAAAGUAUUGAAUUACUCUUAUUCAUUUUCAAAUACAGACGACUAUUAAUUUACACCUUCUGCAUUUUCCUCUAACCUUUCAAUUUUCUUAACAAUCAUGUAUUCCUUGUAAAAUUACUCAAAUUUCUUAUGAUAAAAAUAAAUUCAGUAUUUUCAA